CAUUUUGACAAGGUCUUUGAAAAAGCGGCGCGGCUAAUUCAAGAUGGCGGAGAUGGACCAACUGUUAGACGAGAGCUCUUCGGCAGAAGCACUUGUCAGUCUCAAAGAAGGAAGUUUGUCCAAUACUCUGAAUGAAAAGAACAGUUUCCCAAGAGCUCACAACACCAGAGGACGACAGUCCUCUCUGACAAUGGACACGCCUACACGGAGUUCAAAGAGAAGCCGUUUUUAUCGUGAAGAGGAUGAGCAACCACAGCAACGUCUCCCUUCAAGAUCUCCUCGUAGGAGUCAGAGGGUCACCACCACACCACAGAAGUUUUCAAAUGUGGUGACACCAGAUAAGAAGGCAUCCCAGAAAAUAGGGCUGAGAUUAAGAAAUCUUCUGAAGCUUCCUAAAGCUCACAAAUGGUGCAUCUAUGAGUGGUUCUAUUCCAAUAUUGACAGACCCCUGUUUGAAGGUGACAAUGAAUUCUGCCUGUGUCUUAAGGAGUCUUUCCCCAACCUUAAAACCCGGAAGUUGACAAGGGUUGAGUGGGGAACAAUCAGGAGACUAAUGGGGAAACCUCGACGGUGUUCAUCAGCGUUCUUUGCUGAAGAGCGGACGGCACUGAGGCAGAAGAGGCAGAAGAUGCGGCUACUGCAGCAAAGAAAACUGUCUGAUGUGUCCAACUGCAAAGAUCUCCCUGAUGAAAUCCCCUUGCCGCUCAUCAUAGGAACCAAAGUCACUGCUCGACUGCGAGGGGUUCAUGACGGGUUGUUCACAGGACAGAUCGAUGCAGUGGAUACCAGCGCUGCAACUUAUCGUGUCACCUUUGACCGUAGUGGCCUGGGAACACACACUGUGCCUGACUAUGAAGUCCUCAGCAAUGAGCCCAAUGAGACCAUGCCCAUUUCAGCCUUCGCCCAAAAACACCGGACAACACGCUACAUGCAGAACCUAAUGACUCCGCCUAGAGGGUCUUAUCCGUCCGCUACCACUCCUGUCCUCAUGGACAAUGACCCUCUGAUCAACCAGUCACCCUGGAGAAGCAAAUUACCCGGAGCUGAGGGAGAUACUUUGGGAGGAUUUCCUGUCAAGUUCCUGGUCCAAGUGACACGGCUUUCCAAGAUCCUCAUGAUCAAGAAAGAGCACAUCAAACAUCUGAAAGAAAUGAACACAGAAGCUGAGAAACUGAAGUCCUACUCGAUGCCCAUUGACCUAGACUUCCAGAAGCGAUAUGCGACCACAGUGCUUGAGCUUGAGCAGUUAAAUAAAGAUCUCAGCAAGGUUCUGCAUGAAGUUCAGCAGUUCUGCUGUGAGCUUGCUCCAGAUCAAGGCAUGGUUCCUGCCGACCAUCCCACUGAGCUGCGGCGACGAUGUGAAGAAGAAGCCCAGCAGAUGGUGCAGCUGAGAAACCUAAAGGAGGGGCAGCCGGGUGUGAAAUACCCCAGCCUCACACAGCUCAUCUCUCGCCUCACUGCGCUUCUGCUGCAGAUUCAGUGUCUGGCAGAUGGAGGAGACCUGAAUUCAUUUGAGUUUAAAUCUCUAACAGACUCUCUAAAUGACAUCAAGGCAUCCAUUGACCCAUCCAACCUCAGUUGCUUCCAGAAUAACGUUGAGAUCCACGUGGCACACAUCCAGAGUGGCCUUAGUCAGCUGGGAAAUCUGCAUGCAUUUGCUGCCAACAACACCAAUGCAGUGUGAAAACCUGCUUUGUGUUCACCUCACACAGGUGCAUGCACACUCAGAGCGGCGGCCCAGUAAAAUGUCUCGGUGCUUUCAUCUGAACUGUCAAAAGCCCAGCCGGACGUCGGGAGCCACACCAUGAAAAUCUGAUCUUGGAUGUCACAGAGAAUAGUUCUAUCCAGUUUCCUGAAGCUUUGCUCUUAACAGGAAGGAGAAUUUCACUAGUGUUUUACCCAUCCGUUUUUAUUGUAUGAAAAUGUUUCGCACACACCCAAUUCAUUACAAAACCCGAAAGAGUUAUUUAGGUAUAUCCACAAAAUCACACCUUAAUGCUCAGUGGCUAUUUAUCGGCUUCAUGUGCCAAACAUCGAUUCUUACAGUUUUUAUAGUCCAUAUUUAUUUAUUUUAAGUAGGUGUGUAUGAUUAUGGAACGAUAUUUUGCUAUCUCUAAAGUUUUCCCUCUGUACGUGUUGUGUUCAUUACUCCACUGAUGGUAAGAGCAGGGGAGGCUAAAGAAUAUUUUAUAAAGUUGUUUAUUGUAGAUAAUUGUACAAUAUCUCUGAUUAUUAGGACUAUCGUCAACAUUUCUGCCGUGUGAACAGAAAUGGCUUUUGUAAUUAAGUGUGCACUGAAAAGAGAUUUUGGUAUUUUUAUAAAGGAGAACUUUGGGGUUUCGAUGCCUUUUACUCCCUACAACAUUAGCAUUACUACAUAGGCAUGGCUGUUGCUGCAACCCUACACUAAGCCUGCAUCACUGAUGUAACCCUGAAAGUCAACAAUCUCCUUUUUCAGUUUUGUAAAGUUGUAUAUGAGAGUGCCUCAGGGCAAUUGUAUAUAAAUCUUUGUCUUUUUAUAUUAAACAUAAUAUUGCAAAGUAAUA